UUGACUCGGGAGGCGGACUUGGGGCAGGCGGUCACGUUUUACACUAUGUGACAGCGGCGACCGGCGCGGCGCAGGCAGCGGCUCAAGGGAACCAGCUGCUGUGGGUGGCGGCGGCGAUCGGGCCGGACAGACGGACCGACGGGCCGACUGAGGGGCCGACAGACGCGCUGGCCAGACGCGGCGGCGCUUCUCCAGCACGAGCGGAUACGCGGAGUUUCCCCCCAGCCGCAGCAACCCCACCAGGGAGCCCAUGGAGCCCGGGCCAGGCCUGGCCUCUCUGCAGGAGGACGUGGACAUGGGCAGCGGCUCAAGUGGAAAUGAAGCCCCCGAGAGCUGCUCCACGGGGCAGGACUCGCAGGGCAGUGACUGCGACGACCACGGGAAGGAGCUGGGGAUGCUGGUGGAGCCACCCGACCCCCAGAGUGCCUUUAGCCUGAUGAUGACUGAGCCUGAGCCCAACCUCUCUACGAGCGGCUGCAGCAGCGAGCAAUCUGCUAAAGCAGACACCCACAAAGAGCUGAUAAAAACUCUGAGGGAGCUGAAGGUCCACCUCCCUGCGGACAAGAAGCCCAAGGGCAAGGCCAGCACGCUGGCCACCCUGAAGUACGCCCUGCACAGCGUGAAGCAGGUGAAAGCUAACGAGGAGUACUACCAGCUGCUGAUGUCCAGCGAGAGCCAGCCCUGCGGCCUGGACGUGCCCUCCUACACCGUGGCGCAGGUGGAGGCCGUCACCUCCGAGUACAUGGGGAAGAAUGCGGACAUGUUUGCUGCGGCUGUGUCCCUGGCCACGGGGAAGAUCCUCUACAUCUCUAGCCAAGUGGCAUCCAUCUUUCACUGUAAGCGAGACGCCCUUAGUGAUGCCAAGUUCGUGGAGUUCCUGGCGCCCCACGACGUCAGCGUGUUCCACAGCUUCACCACCCCCUACAAGCUUCCGGCCUGGGGCGUGUGCGGUGGCAUAGAUUCCUUCGCUCAGGAAUGCAUGGAGGAGAAGUCUUUCUUCUGCCGUGUGAGUGUCGGGAAGAACCACGAGAAUGAGGUCUGCUACCAGCCGUUCCGCAUGACACCCUACCUGGUCAAGGUGCAGGAGCCGCUGGGGGCCGAGAGCCAGCUGUGUUGCCUGCUGCUGGCGGAGAAGGUGCACUCCGGCUACGAGGCCCCUCGAAUUCCUCCAGAGAAGAGAAUUUUCACAACUACACACACGCCGAAUUGUUUGUUCCAGGAUGUGGAUGAAAGGGCAGUCCCCCUCCUGGGCUACCUACCUCAGGACCUGAUUGAGACGCCCGUGCUCGUGCAGCUGCACCCCAGCGACAGGCCCUUGAUGCUGGCCAUCCACAGAAAGAUCCUGCAGUCCAGUGGGCAGCCUUUUGACUAUUCUCCUAUCCGGUUCCGUGCCCGGAACGGGGAGUACAUCACCCUGGACACCAGCUGGUCUAGCUUCGUCAACCCCUGGAGCCGGAAGAUCUCCUUCAUCAUCGGGAGGCACAAAGUCAGGGUGGCCCCUUUGAACGAGGACGUGUUCGCGGCGCCCCCCUGUGUGGAGGAGAAGGCCCUGCACCCCAGCGUCCAGGAGCUCACAGAGCAGAUCCACCGGCUGCUGCUGCAGCCCGUGCCCCACAGCGGCUCCAGUGGCUAUGGGAGCCUGGGCAGCAAUGGGUCCCACGAGCACCUCAUGAGCCAGACUUCGUCCAGUGACAGCAACGGCCACGAGGAGUCCCACCGCCGCAGAGCCGACAUUUGUAAAAAUGGUAACAAGACCAAAACCAAAAGUCAAUUUGCCCAUGAACUUGGAAAACAAAAGAGAAAACCUAUUACAGAAAUGCAAAGUGGUGCCCUGGCUCAGGUGAAGGCUGUGCCUGUCACGGUAAACGACAGCUCAGGGGCCAGCUUGCCCAAGUCCAGCUUCCCCGAGGAGCUGGCCUGCAAGGACCAGCCCACCUGCUCCUACCAGCAGAUCAGCUGCCUGGACAGUGUCAUCAGGUACUUGGAGAGCUGCAAUGAGGCCGCCACCCUGAAGAGGAAGUGCGAGUUCCCUGCAAACAUCCCGUCCCGAAAGGCCACAGUCAGCCGCGGGCUGCACGCCGGAGAGGCCGCGUCACCCUCCAAGGUGAGCAGCCACGCAGAAGUGAGCGCCCACCUGAGCUCACUGGCGCUGCCCAGCAAGGCUGAAAGCGUGGUGUCCCUCACCAGCCAGUGCAGUUACAGCAGCACCAUCGUCCAUGUUGGGGACAAAAAGCCACAGCCGGAGUUAGAAACAGUGGAGGACGCCGCCAGCGGGCCUGAGUCCCUGGACUUCCUGCCGGGCGGCCCCAGCCAGGAGAAGGGGCCCCUGCAGAAGCUGGGCCUCACCAAGGAGGUGCUGGCCUCGCACACCCAGAAGGAGGAGCAGAGCUUCCUGCAGAAGUUCCGGGAGGAACGGCGGCUGGGCGUCCUGCAGGCCCACUGCCAGCACUACCUUCAGGAGAGAUCCAGGGGACAGUCGAGCAAGUGUGUGGCUCCUGGACUAAGAAAUGCUUCUGGAAUGGAUUCAUCUUGGAAAAAAACUAGCAAAAAUAGAAAACUGAAGUCCAAACGGGCAAAACCUCGGGACUCCUCUGAGAGCACGGGGUCUGGGGGGCCCCCGCCCCACCGACCCUCCUUCGUGGGCCUGAAUGCCACUGCCUGGUCACCCUCGGACACGUCUCAGUCCAGCUGCCCCACGCUGCCCUUCCCUGCCCCUGUGGCCUCUUACUCCCUGCCCGUGUUCCCAGCACCAGGAAUAGUGUCGGCGCCAGGGGCCGUGGCACCACCACCAGCCGUGCCUCAUGCCAGUUUUGCGGUGCCCGCCGUGGCCAUGGGCACCCAGCCCGAGUUUGCAAUGCAGCCCCUGCCUUUCACUGCCCCCGUGGCCCCUGUCAUGGCCUUCGUGCUCCCCAGCUACCCCUUCCCGGCCACUUCGAGCCUGCCCCAGGCCAUCUUUCCAGGCCAGCCCACACCUGCCUCCGAGAUGGCCCCUGCCUCCCAGCCUGAGUUCCCCAGUCGGACCUCACUCCCCCAGCAGCUGUGCUCCCGCCCGGCCAAUCCUGCCACCCCACUGUCAGUCACGGUGGCCACAGGCAGGGCAUCUCCGCCCCUCUUCCAGUCCCGAGGCAGCUCGCCCCUGCAGCUCAACCUGCUGCAGCUGGAGGAGGCACCUGAGGGCAGCACGGGGGCCACGGGGACAGUGACAGCUGGGCCGGACUGCACACCUGCUCGAGACCGGCAGCCCAAGGCGCCUCCAACACACGACGAACCCUCAGACGCUCAGAACAGCGACGCCCUGUCCGCAUCCAGCGAUCUGCUCAACCUCCUGCUGAACGAGGACCUCUGCUCAGCCACCGGGUCAGCCCUGUCUGGGAGCGGGGCCUCUGCCACCUCGGAUUCCCUGGGCUCCAGCUCACUGGGCUGUGACGCGUCCCGAAGUGGGGCAGGCAGCAGUGACACGAGUCAUACCAGCAAAUACUUCGGAAGCAUUGACUCCUCAGAGAAUAACCACAAAGCAAAACUGAACACAGACAUGGAGGAGAGCGGGCAUUUCAUCAAGUACGUCCUGCAAGACCCCAUCUGGCUGCUGAUGGCAGAGGCCGACGACAGUGUCAGGAUGACAUACCAGCUGCCCUCCCGGGAUCUGGAGACGGUCUUGCAGGAGGACAGAGAGAAGCUCCAGCUGCUGCAGAAGUCCCAGCCCCGGUUCACGGAGGCCCAGAGGCGGGAGCUGUGUGAGGUGCACGCAUGGGUGCAGACGGGCGGCCUGCCCGCGGCCAUUGACGUGGCGGCAUGUGUUUACUGUGAAAGCGAGGAGAAAGGCAGCGUGUGUGUGCCGUAUGAGGAAGACGUCCCCUCCCUGGGACUGAGCGACGCCUUAGACACCAAAGAAAAGAAGGGACACCCCCUGGGUCAGGAGAAGGAAAAGCGGACAUAGCCCAGCGUGAUGGCGACGGUCUCCAAGAGCUGGUGCUUGGGAGACACAGACCUUCACGUUUGUUUCUAAUGAGAUGGACAUGUUUACUUACGUUGCUUUUUUUUGUUUUAGAAAAAAACCAUGUUUCUGAAGGGUGACUUCAGGCUAUGGAGGGGAGGAUUUAGACAAAUACAUUUUCGUAUUUGCAGUAUAAACGUGGAGUUUGGGGGGUGGGUUGAGAUGUGGGAUGCUGUUGAACUUGAGGACGUUGUUCCUCUUUGUGAGUGUCAGGGAGGCAGCUCCAGUGCCUGAGAGCCCCUGACUGGGAUGGCACUUCCGUCCAGUGUGCCAGCCCCUGCCAGCCCCUGCAGGUUGUUCCAAGACACCAGGCAGGCUGUGACAAAUCACUGGGAAGCCGCGUACAGUUCUGAGCUGAAGGCUCCUACUUUCUGAAGCUUUCCCAGGGUCUGUUUGGAUUGGAUCAACUCUCUGCCCUCUCAGGGCCAUUUUUACCUAAGUUGUCAUUAGUCCAGUCAGGUGUUUGCCAGCACUCAUCAGCUGCUCCUGAUCUCCCUCCAGAAUGUUCUCUGAAAACAUGUGCAUCAGCCUAAUUGCACAGCCUUGGCCUUGGGUACUGCAGGGGAAGCCUUUCAGUGUGACACAGCUUUUGUUUGUACUGAGGGAAGUUGAAACGUCGGCUCUGGGUGGACGCAGACUAGGGGUUUGUGUGACCAGUUCCAUCAGAUUAAUGCCGGUGCUGGUGCCGCUGUGCCGGAGCCGAUGUCUGAGGCUCCAACCGAAGGACAAAUGCAGCUGAGUCCCUAAUGCCUUGGCAAAGCCUGGUGUGCAGAGAGCUCUUGGUGAAGACUUGACACUGUUGCUACACGGCUCUUCUCUACACGUUGGCCAUGACAGUCUAAAAAGAGUGCAGGAAUGGUGUAGAAAUGUGCAGAGGGUCUGUGCGGGCUGCACAGCGUCUGCCCUCUGCCCUGGCACCUCCCAGCGCUAUUGGCAUUUAGGUCACCUGAGCCCUUGGGGAGAACGAGGCCACCCUGCCCGGCUUCACCAAACCUCACGCUGCAUCCGACGUACCAGGCACUGUUUGGGAAAGCCUAAUACUAGUCCCUGGUGUGAAGAAUUGCCACCCUUGGCCACCUGACUUACAACUGGCCCAAGUUCCUGAAGCUUGAAAGGCAGCAGGGUAUCCUGUCCUUUGACAGAAGCGGCUGAAAGGUGGGGGCUCCUGUCCACAGCUGGUUUUCACAGUAAACUGCCUCAUGCCUGAAUAUCAAUCCUGUUUCUUAUAAAUGCAAGAACUUUUUUUUUUUUUUGAGACAGGGUCUCCCUGUGUAGUUCAGGCUGGCCUUGAACUCACUAUGUAUCCCAGGCUGGCCUCAAACAUACAGUGAUCCUCCUGCCUCAGCCUCCUGAGUGAAGAAUGCUUUAUUUUUUAAUUUACAAAGCAACAUCACCUGAAGAUGUCCAAGAUAAGGUAGGAGCACACUUUGAUGGAAGUUAGGUGUUAGGGGCUGCUGCCUGCCUCAAGGCCAGAUCUGGAGGGUAGAUUAUAGCCUGAGGUUACACUUACCUUACCUAAAGACCGCUGCCAAAACAUUCUCUCUGCGGUCCUGAAUGUUUGCCCUCAGUGUUGUUUUGUUAUUUAAUGUCUCCUCAUUGAUUGUUAACUGCUAAGAAGCUGACUUAGGUAAUGUUGUGAGUCUGUUUACACGCUGCCAGGCACCGAGUCCUGUUUCCUUUGGCGUGUGUGCUUACCCGGUGUCCUAAAACUCUUUCUCUAUUUCAACUGAGCCUUCUUUUUCAUAUAUUCUUGACAAGAUACGUAAAUAAGCUCUCAGAGUUUGUGUAACGAUUUGUUGAGCCUUGCUGGACAAGUGGUUUGUUUUGUGUGCAAACCAAACUUCCUUCACCCAGUGCAAUAUAUUUGUGUGACUGCUUGUGUCUUUUUAUGACUUUUUUGCCUUUUAGAAAAUUGGUAAAUAAAGCAGGUAUAUUUUUA